UUUGAAAUAGGGACGGGGAAACUGGUCGACAACUCAGCUCCGGUGAGGGCGAGAGUCCCGUGGGGAAGAGCGGAGACCCCCUCAAUGGACAACAACCCGUCUGGAAUUCUUUUACUAACACGCGAAGGGAAUUUAAUAAUCGCUUGCACCGUAUGUGGAUAAUUCAUCCCGACGUACUUCACGCGCCGAGCCGUCGUAGCCCUUCCUUGGACUGCUCUUCCUCUCGUCGCUGGUGUUUUCCUGGCUGAUUUCCUGUUGCAAAAAAAAAAAAAAAAAGAAAAAAAAAACCGAAGGGAGGAAAAAAUGAAAAAGAGGACUUGUGUAUGUGUAUAAUUUUGGGAUGAAAUGUGGAAAAGAAAACACUGAAGCGAUGGGAGACAAAACGCAACGGGAUUUGGAAAGACGAUUUGAAAAUGAAGGAACAAACAAAGACAAUCCUUUCGUUGCAUUGAAGGAGAAACGGAGGAUGGAGUUGUGAGUCGACCGAAUAAGCUGCAAGCGAAAGUAACAUGUUUGUGGUUAAUCUAAAAACUCGAGCAACUUUUUAUUUUCGGAUUCGUCCGUUUUGAUUGCGGUGACUUCGCGGUCCUGUGAGGGGGGGAAAAAUGAGCGCCCGCUUGCUCCAGUUUGUGACUUUGCUGCUCGGCGGCGUCGGCGGCUCCGCGCUCGCGGCCGGUUGCAAAUCGUACGACGAGCACUCGAAAAGCACCGGGAAGAGCCUGGCGUCCGACAGGAAGGUGGUCUGCAGCAACAUGGAGCUCCGCCAGGUGCUCCCGCCGGACUCCUUCCCGAAUCGGACCGUCACGCUAAUACUCAACAACAAUAAAAUCCAAGAACUGAAGAACGGCUCAUUUGUCGGCUUGUCUACGUUGGAAAAACUGGACCUGCGGAAUAACCUGAUCAGCCGCAUAGAACCGGGCGCUUUCCUCGGCUUGCCAGCUCUGAAAAGACUGGAGUUGUCCAACAACAGCAUCGGCUGCCUGAAUGUUGACAUCUUCCGGGGCCUCACCAGUCUCAUCCGGCUAAAUCUUUCAGGGAAUUUGUUCUCUUCGUUGGCUCAAGGGACCUUUGACAGUCUCGUGUCGUUGAAGUCACUGGACUUCCAGACGCCGUACCUGCUCUGCGACUGCAACCUGCUGUGGCUGCUGCGCUGGCUCCGUGACCGGAACGUGGCGGCCAAGACCACCAAGUGCUCGUACCCGCAGUCGUUACAGGGCCAGCUCAUCACCGCCAUCAGACCGGAGCUCCUUACGUGCGACGCCCCGCUGGAGUUGCCCUCCUUCCAGCUGACUCCGUCCCAGCGCCAGGUGGUCUUUCAGGGAGACAGCCUGCCCUUCCAGUGCCAGGCGUCCUUCGUAGCUGAGGACAUGCAGGUGCUGUGGUAUCAGAACGGGCGCAUGGUGACCCCCGACGCCGCCCAGGGCAUCUACAUUGAGAAACACAUGGUGCAGAACUGCUCUCUGAUUGCAAGCGCGUUGACCAUCUCAAACAUCCAACCGGGCUUCACCGGGAACUGGGAGUGCCGGGUCAGGACGAGCCGAGGGAACACCACAAGGACGGUCCACAUCGUGGUGUUGGAGAGUUCCGCCAAAUACUGCGCCCCCGAACGCAUCUCCAACAACAAGGGAGACUUCCGGUGGCCGCGCACCCUGGCCGGAAUCCGAGCCUUCCUCCCCUGCAACAGAUUGCAGUCGAGCGCAGGAAGCUACCUGGGCGUCUCCGGAGAGGAGCAGCGUGCCUGGCGGAAUUGUAACCGCGACGGGCUCUGGGCGGAGGAAGAUUAUUCCCAAUGCCAGUUCCAAAAAGACGUCACCCGGUUUCUCUACGUCAUCAACCAGAUGCCUCUGAACGACAGCAACGUGGUGCCCAGGGCGCGCCGCCUCCUCCUCUGCACCAAGGACGCCGGCAACUUCUCCGACAAGAUGGACAUCAUCUUCGUGGCGGAGAUGAUCGAGAAGUUCGCCAAGUUCGCGGACAAGUUUAAAGACCUCGGUGAAGUGAUGGUGAGCAUGGCGAGUAAUCUGAUGCUGGCCGACGAGCGCGUGCUGUGGAUGGCGCAGCGCGAGGCCACGGCGUGCUCUCGGAUCAUCGCUUGCCUCCAGAAGAUCGCCGCCCACCGCUUGGCCUCAGCACAGGCCUUCUCCCUGACGUCCCCCAAUAUAGCGCUGGAGGCCCACGCGGUGAAGGCCAACGAGUGGAACGGCAUGACCUGCAUGUUGUUCCAGAGGCCCAUCCCGGAACGGACCACCGGGCAGGACCGCCAGCUCACCUUUAAAUGCAACACCACGGGCUCCUUCUCCAGCGUCCUACUAAAGAGCACCACGGUCGAGGCUUCCCUGCAGCUUCCUCAGUCGCUCUUGACCCAGGCCGCACUGGUCCCCGGGCAGGGCGAGGACACGGUUUACAAGCUGCACCUCCUGGGGUUCCGCAACGGCAAGUUUUUCCCGUCCACCGGCAACUCCUCCAAACUGGCCGACGGCGGGAAGCGGAGGACCGUGGCCACGCCCGUCAUCAUGGCGAAGAUCGACGGCAUCUCGGCGCGCGCGCUGCGGACGCCCGUCAACAUCACCCUGCGGCGCUUCACGCGCGGCUCCGACGCCGUGUCGGCCCGCUGGGACUUCGGCCUGGCGGGCGGCCGGGGCGGCUGGGACAGCGACGGCUGCCGCACCCUGGGCCACCACGACAACUUCACCACCAUCUCCUGCAACUCGCUCGGCAACUACGGGCUGCUCAUGGACCUGAGCACCGUGGACUAUUUCACUCCCACCAUCGUACCGCUGCAUCCGGUCAUCUACGCCACCGCCAUCGUGCUCCUCUCCUGCCUGCUGACCAUCAUCGUCACUUACGUCUACCACCACAAGUCGGUGCGCGUCAGCCGCAAGUGUUGGCACAUGCUGGUCAACCUCUGCUUCCACGUCUCGCUCACGUGCGCCGUGUUCGCGGGCGGCAUCAAUCAAACGCGCUACGCCAGUGUGUGCCAAGCGGUGGGCAUUUUACUGCACUACUCCACGCUGGCUACUGCCCUCUGGGUGGGCGUGACGGCGCGGAACAUUUACAAACAAGUGACGCGCAAAGCCAAGCGCUACGAGGAACCGGACGAGCCACCCCCGCCGCCGCGCCCGAUGCUGAGGUUCUACUUAAUCGGCGGCGGAAUCCCCACUAUCGUUUGCGGCAUCACUGCGGCGGCCAACAUCAAGAACUACGGCAGCCAGAUCAAUGCGCCAUACUGCUGGAUGGCGUGGGAGCCGAGCAUCGGCGCUUUCUACGGCCCGGCGGGUUUUAUCAUCUUCGUGGACUGCGUGUAUUUCCUCAGCAUCCUGCUUCAGCUGCGCCGGCACCCGGAGCGCCGCUACGAAUUGAAGGAGCCGGCCGAGGAGCAGCAGCAUUUAGCCGGCGAGGGGCCGGCAGACGGCGCGCGCCACCCCCUCGCGCCCGGCGCGGUGUCGCCAGCCGCGCCCCUGGCGGCGCUGGAGAACGAGCACACGUUUGGCGCUCAGCUGACCGGGGCGGCGGCGGCGUUGGGGUUGUACGCCGGGCUCUGGGUGUUCGGCGCCACGGCCGUGUCGCAGGACCACCCUUUCGAUUUGGCGUUCACGUGCCUGUUUGGCGUGGCGGCGCUGGCCCUCGCCACUUUCAUGGUCGCGCACCACUGCGUCAACAGGCAGGACGUGAGGCACUUGUGGUCGCGGGCCUGUUGCCCCGGGCGGUGCCGCUACUCGACGCAGGAGGACGCUCUGCUGCCGCGGGCCGGCGCCGCCGCCGCCGCGUCCGCGGCCGGAUCGGCCAAGACGGACGGCGAGUCGAACAGGGGCGCCGGCAGCAGCAGCGCCGACUCCUCGUACACCGACAGAAGCGCGCCCGGCGUGCGGAACUCGGCGCAGGGGAGCAAGCUGACCAAUCUGCACGCGGAGGCCGCCCAGUGCAAGCCCUCCUCCGCCUCCGCUCCGGCGGUGACCGUUUUGGACAACAGCCUGACGGAGCAUUCGGUGGACACCGAAAUCAAGAUGCACGUGGCACCGGUGGAGGUCCAGUUCGGCCCCGUGGACGACAACCCCGCCGCCGGCAGGCCCCACAAAAACCGAUCCCGCGCUCACCGGGCCAGCCGCCUAACGGUCCUGCGGGAGUACGCCUACGACGUGCCCACCAGCGUGGACGGCAGCGUCCGCAGCGCCCCCAGCAGGCGGCACCACUAUUACGACAUGGCGGCGCGCAACAGCCGCCGCGCCGCCUACAUGGCCUACAGGGAGCGCCACCGCAGUCAGCUGCAGCACGACAGCAGCGACAGCGCCAGCCUCCCGCGACCCGCCCGCAAGCCGGAGGAGGCGGGGGCGCCGCCCGCCGAGCCCAAAGACGUCGGCGGCGGCGAACUGGAAACCAAAUCAUACGGCCUCAACCUCAUCACGCAAAACGGCGGCGCGCUCAAAGAAAACGGACAAGCGGUUCCACUCAUUAGCGCAGGCGAGAGCGCCCCCUGUAUCAAAACUGGCUUGUGGAAACACGAAACUACCGUGUAGAGACAAUUUCCAUCCGGAAUACCCUCGUCACUGUGAAAUGCCGUUUUGUUGGUGGUGUAUUAUUAUUAUUAUUUUUUUUUUUUUUCAAAUUCACAAUUUACGUCACGUUUGGAAGAAGCGGCCGUGGUGGUACCGCUCGUCGGCUUUUUAUAAAUGUUCUAUUUUUAUAAGAGACGCUGUUGCCGCUCCGUUUACAACAUCAGCAGUAAUAAAACAAAUCACAUCACA